GUCACAGACUUAGAUCAUUUGAUUCUUCCUUCUUUUCUUUCUUUUUCUCGUUUUCUCUCUUCUCCCUUCUCUUUCUUCUUCUUAGAUAGAAAACCCUAGGUUUUGAGGGAAUCCAAGGUUCUGGAGAGUAACGGAAAGGGGAAAUUAAAGAAGAGCGAGGCGCGGUUUCGAUAGAGUAAGGGAGAAGAAGGAAUCCGAUGUUGGUGGAGUUAAGUAUAGGGUUCGAGAAAUUAAUUUGAGGCCGAAGAAGGAGCCUAUAAAUAGGAGCGAGAGUGGAUGGUAGAGACACACCAAAGCAAGAAAUUAUAGGAAUCAGAGUGAGUCUGAGAAGAGGUGGGUUUUGAGGCGAGCAAGGGAGAAAGAGAGGACUGGGACUGGGCUGUGAGGACGCGAAGCUAGCUAGAAGACGAGUAGGAACGCAUUCCAGAGUAAUAAAUGAAGCACAUUGUGAAGAUUUUGGCAUUGGUAGUAGCCAUUACGGUGUUAUGGAUUGGCCUUUUACAAACUUCUGUGAUUCCAUAUAACCAUACUUGGCUGCUACCUAUAUAUUUUGUUGUGUCUUUAGGAUGUUACGGUCUAUUAAUGGUUGGAGUUGGUCUGAUGAAUUUCCCAACCUGUCCUCAAGAAGCUCUGUUGUUGCAGAAGGACAUUGUUGAGGCCAAGGAAUAUUUGAAACAGAAAGGAGUUGUUCUCACUCUAAAUUGACCUGGUUUCAAAUUUAACGAGAUGUUCUGAAUUGGCUGCUGAGAAUUACCCGAUUGGUUGUUCUGAAAGAUUUUUUGCAUUUAACCUUCAUACACUAAAUACUGAUGUGGGAACUAUUUUGGCCAAUGUACACAAACUCCUCAUUACAAUCAAUAGAUGCCAGUUCUGUUUGUGUUCUUUUA